GCUUGCGGUUUCCAGACCUUUGAAGCACGAACUAUUAUUAUAGCGGUUGCCUGGCAGUGUCGGCAGUAUCAGCUGCAUCGCUUUCCCAUGGGACUGCCAGGGACGUAGAGAACAAGAAAUAGAUGCAGGGAGAUUCCGAGCUGCGCUCCACUCACACAUUUGGCCAACCGCCCUUGUAGGCUAGCCUACUUCUCUCACCCUCGAGCUACUCUGGAGCCCUCGCUAGCCCUAAUAAGUGAAUUCAACAGACAACCAAGAACGUGACUGCGUUAAUGGACCGUAUGACAAGAAGCAGUGAGGUUAAUUAGAAAAAAAUUUUUUUGCAAAGAUAUGCGAAAGCUGAGUUUUCAGUCGUGAUGCUGAGAGACCUUGUUUUAAAUCAACAACCUCGAGCGAGAGGAAAUUGACUUUCGACAGACAGGCACAAACUCUUCUCAGCGUCAAACACUGAUGGUUAUUGCUACAGAGGUUCCUGUGGCAGGGCUGAGGAGGGAUGCUCUUGGCGGAGUGCAGUAGCACCAGUAGGCUGCUGGAGGCUCUGUGUGGCAGGAGGAGGGUGGUGGUAUCGGCCAUGAAGCUGCCCUGCUCCUUCUGCUGUUCCCUCUGGUUCCUCCUGCUCCUGGGGGCCGGGUCCUUACUCCUCCUCGUCCACCUCCAGGGCCUCUCAGACAUGCUCCAGCAACAGACCCCAGGUGCGAAGUUCAUGGUUGCUCCAAGAUGGCCAAUUCAAAAGGAGCAGCCUUCAGACAGUGCAGUCGUUGUGGGCAUCAACCUAGGUGGAGGUUUCCAUGGAGCUCCAGGGGAAGAGAUAUCCUAUAACCCCAGCCUCCCUAGUCCUAGCCCCAGGCAGCCCCCGUCCUUACAGUGGCUGCCCCACCCAUCCACCCCAACCUCCGGAGACCAACAGGUCGAGAGCCCCAGGCCACCGGUCAGCAAACGCCACAGGAAGCUGCUGUUAAAGAGCGGUUCGGUAAUUCCUAGUGGUGCCCCCUCUGGUGAAGAGGACCGUCAGUUACAGGGCAUGGCCCAUACCCAGGUUUCCCGUCACCACCUGCUGAGGGAGGUCUGUACCAAAUACCAGCCGGGCGUCACCGAGCGCCCUGUCUCCCGCCAGCAGGUGUCCCGCGUCUACGUGGAGGACAGGACAGGCCUGCUGUACUGUGAGGUGCCCAAAGCCGGCUGCUCCAACUGGAAGCGGGUGCUGAUGGUCCUGGGAGGCAGUGCCACCUCCACGCACGGCAUCGCCCACGACGACGCCCACUAUGCCAACCAACUCCGUCGACUGGACGCCUACAGCCAGGCGGGCGUGGCCGAGCGCCUCCGCUCCUACACCAAGGUCCUCUUCGUACGGGAGCCUUUCGAGAGGCUGGUGUCGGCCUUCCGCGACAAGUUCGAGAGCCCCAACUCGUACUACCACCCGGUAUUCGGCCGGCCCAUCAUCUCCCGGUACCGGGCCAACGCCUCGCUCUCUGCCCUAAGGACCGGCGCCGGGGUCACCUUCAGGGAGUUUGUCCAGUACCUGUUGGACGUGAGGCGGCCCGUGGGCAUGGACAUCCACUGGACGCCGGUCAGCCAACUCUGCAGCCCCUGCCUGCUGCAUUACGACUUCAUUGGGAAAUUCGAGAGCCUGAAGGAGGAGGCCAACUUCCUGCUACGGAGCAUCGGGGCGCCUAGUAACCUCACUUUCCCUGACUUUAAAGACAGGAACCCCAGAGCAGAAAGGACUUCCUCCACCAUUACCCAGAGAUACUUUGAACAGUUGAAUGCCACGGAGAGACAGAGGGCCUAUGACUUUUAUUACAUGGAUUAUCUGAUGUUUAAAUACCCCAAGCCCUAUAAAGACCUGUACUGAGGUACUGGCUGGAUUGCCAAAUUUAGAUUAUUCAUUUGAGAUUAUAAAUAUGAACACUACAGAAGAGAUUAUUAUCUUGUGGGACUUGAAUAAGCACUACAGACACAUUGAUGUAAAGUAUUCUACGUGUCUUAUUUACAUCUGGUUACAGUUAUGAUUUGAUGUGAUUACUUUGAGCAUAGGUUGUACAGCUUUUUGUCAUAACACUUUGUAUAGCGUGCAAUCUGAUGUACUUUUUUGUCAAAUGCACUUUUAUUGAUUGGCAGACAUAGCCUACAUACAACAUCCUCUCAACAAUCAACGAGAUAUUGCUCUCGAUCAACAGCCCAAUGACUUCUAUGAAGUGACCUAUACUUUGGGUGAAGAAUGAAUUAUAAUCUGUUAAUGUUCAAAUUUUUUUCAGCCUUGUUAUAUGAACAUAUACUUGUCAUUUUGGGUCAUGUGACUAUGAAAAGGGAACACGUGUCUUGUUAUUCUGCAGACUGUUAUAAAAAUAAGGAAAAGAGAGGCUAGCUACGCUCUCCCAAAGCAAAGACUAGUGUUUGCAGAUACUGCAGCAGAUUUCACAGUUACUGCAAUCCUACAUUGCCUACUGAUGAGAAAUACCACGUGUCUUAGACCAUUUUAAUAUAAUUUAAUUUGAUUUCAAAACCACACUUGCUCUUGGGGUAUUUGUUUUGUAUUUUACAUACAGAACAUGCAAUAAACUUGUUACAGUAUCUAACUCAAGGCGGCAGGUAGCCUAGCGGUUAAGAGUGUUGGGCCAGUAACUGAAAGGUCGCUGGU